GGGGACCAGCUUCCUUACAUGUUAUUGUUUGUACCCCACCAAUAAACGCUUGAUACCCCACCGUGGAAAGCGUAGAAAGCUCUCGAAUUCAAACGCAUUCAGCUCUAAAAAAGAUCAAACUCCCAGUCGUCUCAUUCCAACGACGACCUCCUUCACUUUCAUAAAGCAAACUAAUACGUCUUAAUUCAAGGAUACCAAAAAAAUUAAAUUCCACACCUCGCCCAUUUACUUCACUCGGUCACCUAACUAAAUACCUGCGUCUCGGGCGAACCAGAAUCAUCAUGUCGUCUGUGGACGAGCUUAAGGCUCUAGGCAACAAAGCUAUUGCCGACAAGAACUUUGACGGAGCUGUUGACGCCUUCACCAAGGCCAUCUCUAUCGACCCGAACAACCACGUCUUAUAUAGCAACCGAUCCGCUGCCUACGCUUCCAAGAAAGAGUGGAGCAAUGCCCUCAAGGAUGCUGAGAAAACCACCGCUAUUAAGCCAGACUGGCCGCGAGGAUGGGGACGAAAAGGAGCCGCUCUUCACGGCUCCGGCGACCUUGUAGGCGCAAGCGAGGCUUACGAGGAGGGCCUCAAACUCGAGCCUACUAACGCAGGCCUGAAGAAGUCACUCGACUCUGUUCAGAGAGCCAUAGAGCAAGGAUCCGGUCCUGGUUUUGGCGCUGAUCCUACGGGUGGUAUUGGCAAGAUGUUCCAAGACCCCAACCUACUUCAGAAGUUGAUGAGCAACCCGAAGACUAGUGGCUACUUUGCCGACCCCUCCUUCAUGGCCAAGAUCCAGGCUAUACAGCAGAACCCCCAAAAUACCCAAGACCUAUUCAGCGACCCUCGGAUGAUCCAGGUAUUAGGGGUUUUGAUGGGCAUUGAUAUGCAUAUGGGAGGACCAGAGGAUAUGCCAGGCGCCGGCGCCGGCGCUUCAGGCGCAAACGAGGCCGAGGAAGAUGUUGAGAUGCCAGAUCUCGCCACCCCCGAUUCCAAGUCUCACUCCAAAUCCGAACCGUCUAAGGCUCCUGAACCCCAACCCGAACCCGAGCUGGACGAGGAGGAGCUAGCUAAGAAGAAAGCCAAGGAAGAGGCCGACAAAGAGAAGGCUCUGGGUACUGAAAACUACAAGAAGCGUAACUUCGACGAGGCUAUCAAGCACUAUGGAAAGGCUUGGGAAUUACACAAGGAUAUUACCUAUCUCAAUAACUUGGGUGCUGCCCAUUUCGAGAAGGGUGAAUACCAGGCUUGCAUCGACGCUUGCACGAAGGCUAUUGAGGAAGGUCGCCAGAUCUAUGCUGAUUUCAAGAUGAUUGCCAAGUCUUACGCGCGUAUUGGUACAGCAUACGAGAAGCUCGGGGAUCUUCCAGCGGCGGUUGAGAACUAUCAAAAGUCCCUGACUGAGCACCGAACGCCUGAUACCGUCAACAAGCUUCGCGCCGCGGAGCGUAGAAAGAUCGACGAAGCCAAGAAGGCGUAUGUCGAUCCGGCCAAGGCCGAGGAAGCCCGCGAGUUGGGCAACACCAAAUUCAAGGAGCAAGACUUCCCCGGCGCCGUCGAAGCAUAUUCGGAGAUGAUUAAGCGUGCGCCGGAAGACCCUCGGGGAUACGGCAACCGUGCAGCCGCUUUUGUGAAGCUGUUCGAAUUUCCUAGCGCUCUCGAGGACUGCAAUGCGGCGAUCAAGAAGGACCCUAAGUUUAUCCGAGCGUACAUUCGCAAAGCGCAGAUCUACUUCGGCAUGCGUGAUUUUUCCAAGUGCAUCGACGCUUGCAACGAGGCCACUACGGUGGACAACGAACACCACAACAAUGCCAAUGCGCGGGAGAUCGACCAACAGCAGCAGAAGGCUCUACAAGCCAUGUACUCUGCUCGUGAGAACGAGACGGAAGACCAGACCCGCGAGAGAUUGAUGAAGGACCCCGAAAUUAUGAGCAUCAUGCAAGACCCUGUCAUGCAAUCCAUCCUCCAACAGGCUCAAUCCGACCCUGCAGCACUCCAGGAGCAUAUGCGUAACCCAAGCGUGCGUUCUAACAUUCAGAAGCUAGCUGCUGCAGGUGUCAUCCGUAUGGGGAGAUGAGCGCUGAGCGUUGGUUGAUGAUUUUCGGCGUGGGGAAGUUUUGGGUGGAGGAUAAGGAGACGAGUCCUACCCUAACCGCCUUGGUCCAUGAAUGCGUGAGACGAUCAAGCGGUUAAUCUAUUAGUUACCGGGGCAUUGGGUCAUUGCCAAGCUGUAUUCUAAUUGUGAAUCACGUUCAGGGCGUUGAAAAAUGCACGGAUGGAUUAGGGGACGAAGACAGAUGACUUUACGCUAAUCAACAAAUUUCAAUGCUUUUGAGACUUUGUAAUCAAUUCUGUAAGUCAUGGUGCAAGUUGGAUCAAAAUCAAUAAUGUCCAUGAUGGAUCUAUUUAUUCUACGUUCGUCAGCGCCAUAAAAUGCCGCUGCUUCAACACUUUCCAUCGAU